GACAGUCCCUUCCAGGAUGCAGUGGGCAGUGGACGAGCGACGCGUCACGCUGCCCGGCCACUACGUCCUGCAAUGGUGGAAGAGCUACCUGCUGUCCGCCAGCGCCUGGUCCAUGUAAGGGCCUUGUGGGUAGCAGCAGAGGGGCGAGCGGCGGCAGUGGCGACGGCGACGGCGGCGGAAUAUGCACAAGCUAACUAAGGGCCUCAAGAAGACCAAGAAGAAGAAGAAGGGCAAGAAGAAGGGCCGCGAGGAGGAACUCUUCGACGCCGCCGAGCUCGAGGAGUACCGCCGCACCCACCAGCAGCAGCAGCAGCAGGAGGACGGCGCUCCGGAUCAGGAGGACCAGGGCGCCGAAGCGGACGAGUGGCGGCAGUUCAAGGCGCUGACCGCCGGCGUCGACACCGUCCUCCGCAAGACCCAGGACGAUCUCGACCGCAUCCGCUCCACCAGCUACUUCCAGCGCAAGAAGCCCGAGUCCGAGGCCAAGCAGAAGGACAAGGGCGAGGACGAACAGUCGUCCAAGAAGCCUGAGGGCGGCGCCAAGAAGUGGGUCGGCUUUGAGGAAGGAGCAGGUGGCCCGGACCCAGAAGAAGCCAGUGCUGAGCCCACAACAGCAGCCCCUGCUGCCACUGGUGAAGCCUCAGGCGCAGCUUCCACCGCCCCAAAGGACCUCCUAACCGCGCCCGACACAGGGGACCUUCUUGAGGAGUCGGCCGCCGAGGAAUCUUCUGAAGAGGAGGAGGAGGAAGAGGACGACGAUGGGCUGUUCGACACGUCCUAUGUGGACGCUGUCACCAGCGGAGAGGUGAAGCUCGCCUACAUCCCAGACAGCCCGGAGCUAGAAGUAUCCGGAGGCGCCGACGACCCGUUUGACACUUCCUACGUGGAGAGCAUCGCGAAGCAGGCCGAGGAGGAUCUCAAAAAGAGGCCGGCGGUCGUGCUCGACUCGGCGGUGGUGAAGGUCCUCGCGGGCAGAGCUCCGCCAGCCAGCAGCGCCCUAAAGCGGCCCUCGCCCUCCCCCAAGCGCCAGCCGCGCGCCGCAGACGUCGACCUCCUGCUCGCCAGCUUCGACGAGAACGGAAACGCCCCCGCCGCCGCCUCAGAGGGCGCCCCAGUCGAGCCCGCCCCCAAGUCGCUGCUCGACGACCUAGACGACGUCCCCGCGCCCCCCACAGCCCCCGCGCCACAGACGCAGCCGUCACCGUCGCCACAUCCCCUGCUGAUCGACGCCCUCGGGGCGUCCGCUUCCCCCAGCCCCCUACCGACCACCGCGCCAGACCACGACCACGACAAGGCAGCAGCAGACGACCACCAACCCGGAAGUGACCUGCGCGACCUGGUCGCCGAGUUUGACUUCAUCUCAGCGCCCGACUCCACUGGGGUCCUUACCACAUCAGCCGCUCUUUCUGAGCCCAGCGUCAAAGUACAGGUUGUAGAUUUCCCCGACGGCCAGAACGAGGAGGAGGAGGACCUCGACGACGAGUUCGCGGCCCUCGCCAAAGAGUCGGUCUCGCGGAAGGCGUCCUACCAGCCGCCGGCGGACGGCGCCGACCAGGACCAGCAGCUAGACCUCGACCUCGGCCUCGGCCUCGAGCGCGACCCGUUCGACACCAGCGUCGCAGCGGCGGUGCUCGGCGAGCAGACCACGCACGACUCGUUCGACAGCGAGGUCGCCGGGCUCACAGACCAGCCGCCCGCGCUCCCCCAGUCGCAAACUCAGGGCCGCAAGCCGCGCGCCUUCCCCAUCUCUCCAGACGUCGACAUCGUCCUCGCCAGCGACAGCCCCAGCUCCUGGGCCGCCUUCGACGACGACGCCGAAGAACCUACCACCAAAGAGAGCAAGCCGGCCAGACCGCCGCCCCCAUCCGCCGCCCCCGCACGCGGCCAGCAGGAGACGUUCCACGAGAGUGAGCUCCGAGCACUCGCCGAGGACUUGGUGGCGCCCGACCCGUUCGACACCUCGUUCGCUGAGGGAAUCCUGCCCGGCAGCUCAGACCUCCGCGUGCUCGAGGAGCAGCUGCUGCAGGGCAACCAGGACACCUCGGUGCUCUCCAGCGUCAGCAUACACGUCACAGACCCGGCGGGCGAGAAGCUCGACCACUCACCGGGCGAGGAGGAACUGAACUCCCUGACGCCCAGUCACCGGGACCUGCUGGGUGGCAGCACCACAGACCUCUCCAAGCUCGGCCACGACCCCAUCGAGCCGGCGGCCGGCGCCGCAGACGAAGCGGAGGAAGUCAGCUGCUUCGCGGAGGACCCGUUCGACACCUCCGUGGUAGAGCGCGUCGCAGCACCGGGCAAGGCGGAGCUGCGCUACCUGGAGGAGGAGCUGCUGGGAGGCGUCACUGCCGCCCCCGAGCGCCGCCUCAGCGACCCCGACUUCGACCCCAGGGCGGCCGAGGACGAAGCGCAGCAGCAAGCCACUGCCGUAGUCAAAGAGGUGGUGGUAGAAGCGGAGGCCGCAGUCCAGAAGCGGCCUGACCUGCUGGGAGCGGCCACCAAGGUCGUCUCGUUCGACCUGCCCACGCCCUCUGAGCGGCCGGACCUCCUGGCCGUCGAGGAAGACAAGGCGCCCAUCGCCAAGCCGCUGACCCCCUACUACCCGGAGCCCAAGACCAUCCUAGACGACAUCGCGAGAAUCGCAGACCCGUUCGACACAUCGUUCGCAGAGAACAUCGCGCCCGGCCGCGCGGAGCUGCGCCUGCUGGAGAACGAGUUGCUGGAAGAGGGACAACAAGCACCACAGCAGCCGACGCUGCGGCACAGCCUCUCAGACCCGGACUUCGACCCCAGGGGGGAGGAGAAGGCAGAGGCGGGCCAGCAGCAGCCAGCAGGAGAGCAGAGCAGUCCAGAGCCGGUGACCGCCGCGGCAGGAGCAGCUGGAAGGCGCCGCUCUGAGCUGGUAACUCCAGCACCACCUCCAGCGGACUCUGCCCUCCGCAGACGCUUCUCUGACGUCACAGGAGACCGCGGCCCCAGGGCCAGGGCUCUCCAGCCACCCGACAGCCUCCCCUUGGCUCUCUCUCCCAUACAGGGAUCGCGGCCAGACCUCUUGCUCGUCGAGGAAGAGGACGCAGCAGCAACAGCGAAGCCACUGACGCCAAUAUCCAGAGGACAACCAGCACUCCCAGUGUCAGACGACCCGUUCGACACUUCAGCAGUCGCUGGCAACUUGCUGCCAGGGAAGGCCGAGCUCAAGGUGCUCGAGAGCGAACUCAUCGGCGGACCUCUGAAGCGCAGCUACACCGACCCCGACUUCGACCCCAGGGCCAGUGAUCCCAAGGAGGACGCGGACCGGCCCGAGAAACCGCAGGAGGCUCACCCAGACCAGCGACCCGCCACACCCGACAGACCCGACCUGCUGAACCUGCCACCUGCCGAGUCCCAGCUCGCCCACAAGCCGCUCACGCCGACAGACUCCCUCCCAGAAUCCGCCGCGCCACCCGUCGACGGCUGCGACGUUGACGACCCCUUCGACACCUCAAUAGUCGACGGUCUGGUGGCCCCGGGCCGCGCCGAGCUCAGAGCGCUGGAAUCGGAACUCAUCGGUAUCAUCAGGGCUCAUCUUGGUCUAGCAGACUCACCAGUUCCUCCUAGUAAUACCACAGCUCCUCUUCGCUCACAAGAGUCGCCAGGCAUGGAUUUCGAGACGGCCAGCAAGGGCGGCAACCCGUUCCUGAUGGACGACUUCCCGACGGCGUCAUCCGCGAGCGACCCCCUGGGCAGCGGCGGCAUCUUCGGCACGACUACGACCGCGCCCACCAGCACGUCGUCCAACCCAUUCCUCAGCGACUUCGACUUCUCGGCAGCGGGGUCAGAGCCGGCGCCGCCGACCACGGCUGCUGCUGGCCCCGCAGGGGACAACCCGUUCCUCAGCGGCGACACCGCCGUCUCGUCGCCCUUCCUGCUGGACGACGCGCCCAGCGGGGGCAGUGGCGCCAUAUCCUCCACCAACCCCUUCGCACAGUUCAGCUCAGCUGCCACUGGAGCAGGAGGUGACAUCAACCACCUGGAUUUCUUCUCGUCGGUGGCGGUGACGACAGCGCCGUCCUCCACGUCGGCGGGGGCGGACUCGUUCGGCUCUGGCGCCGGCAGCGACUACAGCAGCCUGUUCGCGGCCGCGGAGCCCGCCUCUGCAGUCACCACGUCCGCCGCCAGCGCCCUCGACUUCUUCGGGGGCAGUGCGGAGCCGGCGCCCGAGACGUCCGACAUCUUCGCGAACGCAGACGUGGACAGCGCCAGCUGCCCGCCCGCGCCCUCCUCGCGGACGAGCACGCCCGGCGGCGGCAGGGCUCCCAGGCGGCCCCCGCCCCCGCGUCCACAGCCGCCCAAGGAGACCAAGGACCUCAUCCUCAGCGUGACCGGCGCCAUGGAGGCCACGUCCUCGCACCUGCUAGACAGCUAUACCUUGUACAAGGGUCGCUUGCGACCCGAGAAGCCGCCGCCCCCGGCCGUGGUGCAGCAGCAACAGCAAGACUUCAUGGACAUCUUCGGCACUGCUGACGAGCAGCCUCCAACAAGUGUAUCCCUGGCGCAGACGAACCAGGCGCCAGCGCGGCCCAGCACUUCGGACAUCCUGGGUCUGUUCGACGCCGCCCCAGCCACCACUGCCGCCAACGUCGACGUGAUGAUGCAGCAGCAGCAGCCACCCAGGCAGCCUUCCGGGGGCGCAUCGCCCGUAGCAGCAGACCUCCUGCUGGGCGAUGCCUUUGGGGAGCCGAUGACGUCGGCCCAAGAACUUCAGCAGCAGCAGGACACGUCUGCCGUGAUGGACUUCACGGGGGUCCCCACGGCGCCCGCGGCUGCAGAGAGCGACCACCCAGUGGCGGAUUUCGACUUCCUUGGAGGACCGGCUCCAGGGAAGCUGUCCCCCGAGCCCCCGGCGGCGGCGCCGGCUGCUGGUGGGGGCGGCGACCAGUGGGGCGGGGGCGGAGACGACAUGCUGGGGGGUGCGGUGGCGGACCGGCAGCCGUCAGCGCCGCAGCAGCCGCAGGCCUACAACCCGGGCUCGCCCUUCGCCGCAGACACUGCGGCGGCAGCAGCAGCGGCGGACGACUUCGACGCCUUCACAGCCAAGUUCGAGAGCGCCGGCGCCGCCCAACAGCCGGACAGCGUGCUGGUGCAGGUGGGCGGCGGGGGCGGCGGCGCCGCGGAGGACCCCUUCGACCCCUUCGGAGGUGGCGGCGGCGGCGGGAUGGGGGUCACUGCAAUGGACACCAGUGCUGAUGACGUGUGGGGCGACAGCGGGGGCGGCGGAGGUGGCGCCAGUGCCGGCGGCGACGCCUCGGGGGCGGGCUUUGGCGCGGAGGACAGCUUCGACGCGUUCCUCUCGCUCAGUGAGCCGCCACCCCCGCCUCAGGGCACGCCCGCGCGCUUCAACAGGACCGGCUCGGCUGACAGCGACGAGGCUCCAGACUUCUCCAUCUUCAUCAGGCCUAAGGGUGCAGAGUCAAACGAGGUGGCUCCGCAGCUGGCCCCGCCCCCCAAGAGCCCGCUGCCCGCCCCUUCGGCGGCAGAACCGUCGCGCUUCAACCCGUUCGACAAGAGCAGCGAGGACGCUGGCGUCGUCGUCGCCGCCACCGCCGUCGCCGCACCUGGUGGAGAGCCUGCCCUGCCGCAAGGGGCAGAGGUACCGGACGGGAUGCUGCAGCGCACGGACUCCCAAGAGACGCCGCCGACGCCACUGUUCGACGAGGACGUGUCGCAGCCGCUGGAGCCCUUCCCCAGGACCACCUACCAGGGCGACGGCUGGGAGAUGCACCUCCGUCAGCCCAACAAGAAGAAGAUCACCGGCCAGAGAUUCUGGAAGAAGGUGUUCGUGCGGCUGGUGUACCAGGGCGACAGCCCGGUGCUGCAGCUGUUCAACACAAAGGACGACAAGGAUCCAUUCCAGGAGUUGCCGCUGCAGCCCUGCUACUCCGUGUCCGACGUGGGGGCGCAGCAGUUCGACCAGUACGGCAAGAUCUUCACGGUGAAGCUGCAGUACGUGUUCUACAAGGAGCGGCCGGGCGUUCGGCCGGGCCAGGUGACCAAGGCGGAGCGGCUGACCACGCGCAUCAGCCAGUUCGCGCACCACGCCAUCCAGGGCGACUACCAGGGCUGCAAGGAGUUCGGCAGCGACCUGCGCAAGCUGGGACUCCCCGUCGAGCACGCGCCGCAGAUAUCGCAGCUAUUCAAGAUCGGCUGCCAGAACUACGAGGACAUCAAGCAGUUCGGCGUGUGCGUGGAGGAGGCGCUGUUCCGGCUGUCGGCGCACCGCGACCGCGCGCUCAACUACAAGACGGAGGAGGUGCAGAUCACCGCCGUCGACGAGCUGUACGUCGAGCAGGACGCGCACGGACACAUCGACAAGCAGAUCGCCCGCGUGCGACUCUUCUUCCUCGGCUUCCUCGCCGGCAUGCCAGAUGUGGAGCUGGGAGUGAAUGACCUCUGGCGGCAGGGAAAGGAGGUGGUGGGUCGGCACGACAUCAUCCCCGUCAUCACAGAGGAGUGGAUCCGCCUGGAGGGUGUCGAGUUCCACAGCUGCGUCCAGCAGGACGAGUACGAGAAGUCGCGCAUCAUCAAGUUUAAACCUCCUGACGCAUGCUACAUCGAGCUGAUGAGGUUCCGGGUGCGACCUCCACGAAACAGGGAACUGCCUCUACAAGUCAAGGCUGUCAUAUGUGUCACUGGAAACAAGGUUGAGAUAAAGUCAGAGAUUCUGGUUCCUGGCUUCUCGAGCCGUAAAUUGGGCCAGAUUCCAUGUGAAGACGUCAUGGUGCGCUUCCCCAUCCCAGAGUGCUGGAUCUACCUGUUCCGUGUUGAGAAGCACUUCCGGUAUGGUUCUGUCAAGUCGGCCCACAGGAGGACGGGCAAGGUGAAAGGCAUCGAGCGAAUCUUGGGAGCCAUGGAGACGCUGGAACCAUCACUGAUAGAGGUGACGUCGGGACAAGCCAAAUAUGAGCACCAGCACCGCUCCAUCGUGUGGAGGAUGGCACGCCUGCCCAAGGACGGUCAGGGUGCAUACACGACACACUCGUUCGUGUGCCGUUUGGGGCUGACAUCAUAUGACCAGAUCCCAGAGCAGCUGGCAGAGUACUGCUAUGUGGAGUUCACCAUGCCUGCCACGCAGGUGUCCCACACGACGGUGCGGUCCGUAUCUCUCUGCAACGGUGCCAAGGAUGAUCCCCCAGAGAAGUAUGUGCGCUACCUCGCCCGACACGAAUACAGGGUGGGUAUCGAGCACACACAGGGUGAAGGCCCAGGGGCAUAUGUGGCAGCCACAAUCACGACUACCAAGCCUCCACCAGCAGAGUUGGAGACACUCGAAGAAAAGGAAGCUGCACCAGCUGCCGACUCGGAUUCAGACUCAUCUAGUUAACCUCGUGAUCAAAUGAUGCAGUAAGGUAAGUGCUCACAGUUCACCUGUGGAUUAUACCGGACUGGUUGGUGCUUUGAGUCACACCACUCACUAUACGGACAAUACAAACAGUUAUAUACAUGUAAGUUUAUGUGUUGCUGAUGAGAGGAAAACAUUGUUGUAUUUAAUAACGUAGAGAUAGACAACAGUAUCAUUAAUGAUGUAAAUUAAUGUCAGUGUUUAUAUGGAUUAGAUGUUUAUUUUUGUUGACUUUGUCAGAGGAUUAUUUUUAUUUCAUGAUAUUUAUUCAGUUAUUCAACAGCACCUCACUGAAGCCACUGACUAUAAAUCUAGAAGAGCCAGAGUGGGGGAUAUGUUUGUAUAACUUUAGACUCAGCUGAUAAUAAGUGUUUCCACAUACGAGAGCUGCGUCACUUGUUAAUCUGAUGUUUAACAAUUACUCGAUGCAUAAUUUGUACAGGACAAUAUAAAUAGCUGUAUGUUUUUGAUGUUAAAUGGUACAUGCAUGUAAUGUAUUGAACAUAUUUAAAUUUUAAAGUCCUUCAGACUGUAACAUAUUUAAUGAACUUGUGAUUUAUUUCUGAAUGAUGGUUCCCAUCAUUUACCUGAGGCACAACAAUGCAAGAGGCAAAUAUAUUAGUAGCAAUGUACAGUCACAUGAACCAGACAUCCUAGGAUACACUGUUCUCACGUGACUGCAAACAUUAAUAGAAUACUUUAAGAUAAGUUGAAGUUUAUUUCUUAGAGUUGCAAAGGGGCACAGAAGAGAAAUCUCGUGCCAGUGUAUGUAGUAAUACUUAUACAUAAUCAUGUAAUUAUGCAUGUACAUGUAUUGAUUGUUAUUGAUGUCUUUUCUUUCUAUGCUUUACCAUGACUAAGUGCUCAAAUAAUCUGAUCUCAAUGUGAGAUAUAAUAAUGUACAAUAUUCCCUUUCAGUUUGUGUGUAUGAGAGUUGUUUAAUGUGGAAAAGUUGAAAUUACUUGUUACUAAAUAUUGAAUGGUUACCAGAUUUCGAAGUUUAAUGUUAGCCUAUCCUUUUCUAACACACGCUUUACUAAAUGUAUAGUCGAAGGCACAGCUCUCUCCUCUAAAACAUACAACAUACAAAAUACAAAACAAGGAAAUUACACGUGUCUAUCUCAUAAUGGUUAUGUUGAUUCAACUCGGGGUAAAUUUUUUUCUUCACCAUUACAGGUCUCAAAUCAAGCUGCAACACUUCAGAAUAUUUUCCAAGGUUAAGGCAACUAUCAACAAAAGUAAAUUAAAAAGAAAUGUGGUAAUAAGUGCAACUUAUGCCAUAAAAUUCAAUCUAAACCUGUAAUGUGUUCAUUAAUUGCAUUAACUAUAAAUGUGUGGUUUCUGAUGACUAAUUUAAACAUUGGAUCAUUUCACAGCAGUUUAUUAUUUUAAAAAUUUACUUUAAGGUCAGUUCUUUAAGAUCAUAUUUCAAGGAUGUGCAUAAAAAGAUUCAUAUCCACUGCAACUAUCCCUGGAAGCAUCUGAUUUCUGACAAUAAAUUAUGAAAUAAUAAUGCUGUAACAUUUAAAAAGAUAUUUGUUGAAAUUUAAUGCAUGGUUUUAAAAUAACUUAAUUUUUAGGACAACUUCAAUUAGUUUAAAGAAAAUAUUUUUCUGUAUACAGUGUAUACACUUUCUAAAUGUUAUUAGAGUUCCUGUUGGAGUAGUGAAAUGUUCUAAAAGCACAAAUGAAAGCUUAUGCAGAAGGACGUUAAAUGUGAAAUGAAAAGGUCAAAAGAUUUUUCAGCCUUGCAUGCCUUUUAGCUGUACAUUUACUUAAGAGUGAGUUAAGAAAUUUAAUACAUACUCUGCUACUGUU